AUGUCUGCAAAGCCCUAUGACAUUCGACCAACCGCAACAAAACUCUACGCUGCCAAUGGUUCCGCCAUCAAAGUCGUCGGAGAGAAACGAAUCAACUUGGACUUGGGCCUUCGUCGGAAUUUCUCGUGGUCCUUCAUAGUUGCCGAUGUCACAACCACAAUAAUCGGCGCGGACUUUAUUCGCUUUUACGACUUGCUCAUCGACUUGCGUCGUAACCGAAUCAUAGACAACCUCACGAAACUUCGAUCAUCUUUGACUGCGCCAACGCUAUGCAAGGCAACCGAAAUCAAAACAUUCGACUCCACCGACCCGUUCGCCGAUCUGUUGUCCGAGUGUUCGGAGAUCACGAAGCUGGCGCCUCAUGGUUUCCUGACAAAAUCGACAGUCGUCCACCGCAUUUUAACAACCUCCCAGCCAGUGUUUUCUAGACCACGACGUCUUGCGCCUGAGAAACUGACAGCUGCACGUAACGAGUUCAACUUUUUACUUAAGGCGGGCAUAUGUCGACCGUCCAACUGGUCAAGCCCGUUGCAUAUGGUGACGAAAAGCGACGGCACCUGGAGGCCAUGCGGGGACUCCGCGCACUCAAUGCGCAAACGUUGCCUGACCGAUACCCCUUGCCGUAUCUAA